AUGGCUUCCAUCCGAGUGCUGUCGUUCGAUGCUGAGGGCCGCCCUGUGAAGUUCGCCACUUGGCUGGAUGACCUGCAGCUGUUCCUUCUGAGCGAUAGCAAGGAGCAUGUGUCGCUCUAUGAUUACGCGUCUGGUGCUGCACCUGCCCCUCCUGCCACAGCUGAGCUUAGUGUUCGUUCCCACUGGCAGACUCGUGACGCAGCUGCUCGCCUAGCCAUUCGCAGUCACCUGCCGUUAGCUGAGCUCGAGCAUUUUGGCGACUGCAAAUCCGCUAAGGCCCUGUACGAUGCUGUCGUUGCUCGCUACUCCUCGCCUGCCACAGCCGAGCUUAGCCGCCUCAUGCUGCCGUACCUGUUCCCUGACCUGUCCACCUUUGCUACAGUCGCCGAUCUUAUCACCCACCUUCGCACUAGUGAUGCCCGCCUUCGUGCCGCCCUUCCCACCGAGUUCUGCGCUAAGAACCCCCCUCCCCUGUACUGGACACUCCACUUCAUAGUCACCCGUCUCCCUGACACCCUCAGCUCAGUUCGAGACCACUUCCUUGCUCGCUGUCCCACUGAGCUCACCGUUGCCCUCCUAGAGGAGCAGCUGCUAGCGGCCGAAAAGAGCAUAGUAGCUGUCGGUGCUGCUCGUGGCGCUCCUCGCACCCCCAUCUUUGAGGGGUGUUCUCCCUCUCCCCUCGCUCCCUCCUACGCUACUGCUGCUGCUGUUGACUUCCUUGGUGCUGAGUCUGCUGGCGCUGCUUCUGCUCCUAGUGGGAGGCGCCGCACCGGCAAGGGCAAGGGGGGCAAGGGUGGCGGGGGUGGCGCUGGGGGGGCGGCGGUGGGGGAGGUGGGGGGGGAGGCGGUGCUGGAGGGAGCGGUGGCGGGAGUGCUGGUGGGAGUGGGGUCGGCAGCGGAGGCGGGGGCGGCGGAGGGAGCGGUGGCGGUGGUGGCGGCGGCGGCGGUGGCGGCGGCGGCGGCGGUGGCGGCGGUGGCGGUGGCGGUCGGAGCGGAGGUAGUGGUGGUGGCGGAGGUCGGAGUGGAGGCACCGGCUCGGGCCAGAGCUCCCAGCAGCAGCAGCGUCCCCAGACGACCCAGCAGCUUCACGUGUGGGAGGUUCCACACCCCGUACCGCUGCUUCUCCCGCCUUGACGACGCUUGGCGUGAGGAGAUGGGCGAGGAUGUUGAGCGCCCCCGCUGGGCUGAGCUCAUGAGGGCUGGUGUUGAUAUCUUUGCUCUUGACUAUGAUGCUAUUAUUGCUGCCAUGUAUGCAUUGACUGUUAGUGCCGAGGGAGACUGUUACUUGUGUGUGCCGCCUGACCCAGGUAUAGAGCCCGCUGCCCUGGGUACUAGUGAGUCUGCUCUCUCUGGUAUGGUGCCCCCGGUACUUGCUCCCUCCAGUGCUGUCCCGGCUGUUUGCGAGUCUGCUCUCUCAGGUACAGCACCCACAGAGACUGCUCUCUCAGGUACCGCACCGGCUGAGGCCUGUCACACCUUCACCCUUGACUCAGGUGCUUCCCGCUGUUUCUUUCGUGACAGUACUGAGCUCACACCGCUUCCUGCACCGGUUCCAGUCUCCUUGGCUGACCCCUCUGGGGGCCCAGUCCUUGCCCAGUCCACCACUGUGCUCCCUUGUCCGGCGGUUCCGUCUGGCUCGUUGUCGGGUUUCCACCUCCCCUCGUUCUCGACGAACCUGGUGAGCAACGCUGUUAUCCAGGAUCAGUGGGUUGACACCUUCACCCCAGGAGGACAGCGUGUGGCGAUCUGCACGUGCUCCAGGACCGGCCGUCACCUGGCUACGUUUACCCGUCGGCCGGGGUCGAGUCUCUACACACUGACCACUGCGUCUCCUCAGGUCGCUGCUGUCGGUCAGGUGUCCGCGUCAGGUCUAGUGGCCCACGCCUGUGAGUGUCGUUCCCUGUCGCACCAGACCCUUCUCUGGCACCAUCGCCUGGGUCACCCCUCCCUACCACGCCUCCGUGGCAUGCACCGUCGCCACCUUGUGUCUGGUCUUCCCAGGUCCCUCCCUCCCCUCCCUGCCUCGCCUGCACCGCCUUGCCUUCCUUGCGUCGAGGGGCGGCAGCGCGCCGCUCCUCACUCCUCCUCGUUCCCCCCGACAGAGGCUCCUCUGCAGACCCUCCACCUGGACGUGUGGGGCCCAGCCCGCGUUCGUGGCCAGGGCGGUGAGCGGUACUUUUUGCUGGUUGUCGACGACUACUCGCGUUACACCACGGUCUUCCCCUUGCGCACCAAGGGUGAGGUCCCUGCUGUUCUGAUCCCUUGGAUCCGCGCAGUUCGUCUCCAGCUCCGCCGCCGUUUCCGGACGGAUCUUCCUGUCCUGCGUCUGCACUCUGACAGAGGUGGUGAGUUUUCCUCCGACCUCUUGAGGGCCUUCUGUCAGGAGGAGGGCAUCGAGCAGACCUUCACGCUUCCGGACUCCCCACAGCAGAAUGGGGUUGCUGAGCGCCGCAUUGGCCUGGUCAUGGAGGUCGCUCGUACCUCCUUGGUCCACGCGGCGGCUCCCCAUUUUCUGUGGCCGUUUGCUGUCCGGUACGCCGCGCAUCAGCUCAACCUCUGGCCCCGUGUCUCCUUGCCGAAGACCUCGCCCACACUGCGUUGGACGGGGGAGGUUGGCGAUGCGUCGCGCUUCCGGGUGUGGGGUGCUCGUGCCCUUGUCCGCGAUACGUCCGCGGACAAGCUCUCCUCCCGCACUCUUCCCUGUGUCUUCCUUGGCUUUGUCCCUGACGCGCCGGGCUGGCAGUUUUACCACCCCACCUCGCGCCGGGUCUUCGCCUCUCAGGACGUCACCUUUGACGAGUCGGUCCCUUUUUACCGUCUCUUCCCCUACCGCACUGCCCCCCUCCCUCCCCCGCCGCUUUUCCUUGCUCCUGGUCCCCCUCCGGUAGACCCCCUUCCCCCUCAGGGUCCUGCUCCUUCAGGUGUCUCUCAGGUAGACCCUCCUCCCGUCACUGAGCCUGUCGAGGUCACAGGUGACUCAGGUGCUGCUGCAGGUGGUGCUGCUGGGAGUGCUGAGCCUGGGGGUGCUGAGCCUGCGGGUGCUGGGCCUGGGAGUGCUGGGACUGCGGGUGCUGGAGCUGAGGGUACUGUGCCUGGGGGUGCUACGACUGGGGGUGCUGAGCCUGCGUGUACGGAGUCUGGGGGUGCCGAGCCUGGGGGUGCUGCUGCUGAGCCUACGGAGCCUCGGGUUGCUGCGUCUGGGGGUGCUCCGGUUCGGGGUGCUGAGCAGUCUCUCACACCGCAGCAGCUUCGUGACUGGUACGUCCGGCGCUUUCGCCGUCCUAGUGGCUCGGCUGGAGCUGGGGGUACUGGAGCUGCCGGGACUGGUUGUUCUGGGCGCACUACGACUGGAGCUGCUGGAGCUGGGGACUCUGGAGCUGGCGGUGCUAGCGGAGUUGUAGCUGCCGACUCUGGGGGUGCUCUUCCUCGCGGUGCUGCGGACCCUGGGGGUGGCGCUGCUGCUGGUGCUGCGGACCCACCUGGUGGAGCUGCUGCUGGAGCUGAGGACCCGAGCGGUGGCGCUACUGCUGGUGCUGGGGACCCGGACGCUGGAGUCUCUUCUGCUUCUGGAGGCGCUGCGCGGCCGCGGCCGUACUUCGUACCGCUCCUUCAGCAGGUUCUUGGGCAGGCUCCUCCUCCUUGUCCUCCUCCCUCCGUAGAUUGUCCUCCGCCUGUCCAGCCGCAGUCACAGUUACCGCCUGCCUCGCCUCUCCCUGCUCCCUCUCCUUACACUGGUCCCACAGGAGGUCUUACAGAGCGUCGUGAGCCUGAGUCUCGUCCUGCGUCGCCUGUCCGUACUGCUCGCACUGGUCGUCGUGUCCGUCGUGAGCGUCCUCCUGCUGUCCCAGGCACUCACUACAUGACUCUGCGUCCGUCCACUGCUCCUCAGCGUGUCCCUCUGCCGUCUCCUCCUGCGUCCUCUUUGCCUGCUGUUCCGGACCCUGAGUCUGACCGGUAUCGUACUGAGCACCCUACUGUCACGCGUCUCCUCGCUACUGUUGUCACUGACCCUACCUUUGAGUCCUCGGCUGCGUCUGCUCUGGUCGCUGAGUUGGUUGACUUUGCUGCUGCCUGUCGUCUAGACUACGCUGCUCGCCUUGUUGCUGAGUCUGAGUCUGCGUCUGUCUGUCCUCCGUCCGUCGGGGGUGAGUGUGCUCUUGGCACGGACGUCCUUGAGGACAGGCAGGAGGACUUUGACUCUCUCGCGGCUGCUGUACCUCAUCUCGUGGCCUGGUUGCUUGCCCCUGAGGGAGACCCGGAUGCACUAGACAUCCCCACUCCGCGCACUUACGCAGAGGCGAUCUCGGGUCCCUACUCCUCUCAGUGGCAGACAGCCAUGGACGCAGAGAUGGCAUCCUGGAAGUCCACAGGCACCUACGUCGACGAGGUUCCCCCUCCUGGGGCGAACAUCGUCGAUGGCAUGUGGAUUUUCAGGGUGAAGCGGCCGCCAGGUUCUCCGCCUGUCUUCAAGGCUCGUUACGUUGCUAGAGGCUUCAGUCAGCGUCAGGGGGUCGACUUCUUCCAGACCUUCUCCCCCACCCCGAAGAUGACCACUCUUCGGGUUCUGCUGCACGUUGCUGCUCAGCGUGACUACGAGCUUCACUCUCUUGACUUCAGCACAGCGUUCCUGCAGGGCAGCCUGCACGAGGAGAUCUGGCUGCGCCGCCCACCUGGCUUUACUGGGUCGUUUCCUCCUGGUACCCAGUGGAGCCUCCGCCGGCCAGUCUACGGUCUUCGCCAGGCGCCACGCGAGUGGCACGACACACUGAGGACUACACUUGCGGCUCUUGGGUUCGCGCCGUCUACUGCUGACCCGUCACUGUUUCUGCGCACAGACACGUCGCUGCCGCCGUUCUACAUUCUCGUGUACGUCGACGACUUGGUCUUUGCUACUACUGACACUGAGGCACUCGCUCGUGUGAAGUCGGAGCUGCAGAAGAGACACACCUGCACUGACCUGGGUGAACUGCGUAGCUACCUUGGCUUGCAGAUCACCCGGGACAGAGCUCGCCGCACCAUCACCCUGACUCAGUCACACAUGGUGCAGCAGGUCCUUCAGCGCUUCGGCUUCCAGUUCUCCUCACCUCAGGCCACACCUCUGGCUACCAGCCACUCGCUCUCAGCUCCACCUUCGGACGAGUCCGUAGAGCCGAGUGGCCCGUACCCAGAGCUUGUAGGCUGCCUCAUGUACCUGAUGACUUGCACGCGACCUGACCUCGCGUACCCUCUUAGCAUCCUUGCUCGUUACGUUGCGCCUGGGAGACACAGGCGAGAGCACUGGGAGGCUGCUAAGAGGGUGCUGCGUUACUUGUGCAGUACAUCAGGCAUGGGGCUGGUGCUUGGAGGACGCGACAGAGUUGUCCUCACUGGUCACUCGGACGCUUCUUGGGUGGACGACCUGGCUACGCAGCGGUCGUCACAGGGUUACACCUUCAGCCUUGGCUCUGGUUCUGUCUCGUGGCGGUCCACCCGCUCUUCCUCUGUUCUCGGCUCUAGUUGUGAGGCUGAGAUCUACGCCACAGCCAUGGCUGCACAGGAGUUACGCUGGCUCACCUACCUGCUGACUGACUUGGGAGAGCGGCCUAGUUCUCCUCCAGUUCUGUACGGUGACAACAAGGCGGCUCUUGCCUUGUGUCAGGAGCACAGACUGGAGCACAGGACGAAGCACAUUGCUCUUCGCUACUUUCUUGCUCGAGAGCUUCAGCAGCGCGGUCAGCUUCGGCUUGUGUACGUGGACUCGAAGGCCAACACUGCUGAUAUCUUCACCAAGGCACUCCCGCCUAGUGAUCAUCAGCGGCACUGUACUUCUUUAGGCCUUGUGUCCACGUUUCCUCACUUGCUCACUGCUUGA